UCCAUAAUUCUAUUUCGCACUACCUGUCAUCUCCGGUCCAGUUGUAACUCUAUAUGAUCUGAGAAAGCCAGUUUGACAUCCUGUCGGUAUUAUUCUCUUCGCCUGCCACCAGUAGUCAACCGUGUUGAGGGCUUGCAAACCUCUCUUUCCCGUCGCUUCCCUUCAUUGCCAAGACGGCAUCGAUGAUAUCCAUGACUUCCGCAGCUUUCACUUUCUCUCAAUUCACAUUCUCCACGAUUUAUUUAAUCCCUUCCCUGAAUCCGCUUCGUCCCUACUCUUCGCCAACAGCGGAUGCAGUCGCCAAAAGCGCAGUCCAUGUCCGCGUGAGUCUUCGAUGUGUCAAACCAUGUCACGCCUCUCCUCCCUCCCUUAAAACCUCGACUCCACUUCCCGCCGUAGCAUGCAGAUCAAACCAGAAGAGAGAGUCGUCCUUCCACCACCACCUAUUAUCAGUCAACCCACGUCAAUUCAGCAAAGAACAGCAGCAGUAGCAGCAAAGGGCUAUGUCGGGCUGCUGCGAUUGGCAGCCGUCAUCCUCACGCCUGUCACGCGAGCAGGAGACCUCCAUCAUCGUCUCCGCGCUCGCUCACGUCCACUCCGGCUACGCCACUGCCCCCGCCGAGCUCCCGCUCGCUGACACCUGCCGUACGUGCGGCAUCGAAGGGUGCCUCGGUUGCGAGCUCUUCUCCUUCGCGGACGACGAGGUAGCCGUCGUGCCGUCCGACAGCAGCGGCUCCGGGGGAUCGAGGAGGAAGGGGAAGAAGGGCAGCAGGUACCGGGGCGUGCGGCAGCGGCCGUGGGGGAAGUGGGCGGCGGAGAUACGCGACCCGAAGCGGGCGGCGCGCAAGUGGCUGGGCACGUUCGACACUGCGGAGGACGCCGCGCGGGCGUACGACCGCGCCGCCGUCGAGUUCCGAGGGGCGCGCGCCAAGCUCAAUUUCCCGCCCCCGGACAACACGCCCUCCUCAAAUCCUGAUCGCUAGAAUCAUAAAUGAAUAGUUUUACAGUGUCACCGAGAUCGAUCCUCUUCAACAUCGUUAAUCUUUCAAGAAACACACCUAAAUUAUGCA